CUACGACACUACGCCGCUGGCUCCUUGUCGCAACUCGUCAAUGAUUCUCGUACCAAGAAGAUCUAAAAAGUCUCUAUCUCUCUCAAUGAUUCACGUACUCGGGAUCCGACGAACCGACCCUACGUGUCGUUCGUGAUUUUGCUGCUAGUCUACGUAAUUAUUGUUUUAUUAAAACAUCAAAACAAGUAAUGCAUUGCGUCUACUUUGUUUCUCCGGCAAGGUCUAGUCUAGUCCACCUUGGAGGUUGGCACAGGACGCGUUGUUCAGCCCUGUGGCCGCUGAGUAGACGUUUGUGCAGGUAUACCAUCGUUUACGACUCGAGUGUUUUGUCUGGAGUAUUUCCCUCUUAGUCAGAAGGUUCGAAAGUGAGUGAUCCCGCUGGUCAGUUCAUGAGGACCCUACCCCUACCCGCUACAGUCUUGCCAUGACCACCACCGAGCGACCGGCCUUGCACUUGCACCGUCUUCCAGACGACGUCCUGGUGCUGGUGAUGCAGCGCCUCGCCGUGGACGACCUCCUCGCCUGCCGCCUGGUCUGCAAGCGCCUCGGCGGCCUCGCCCUGCAGCCGGACGCCUGGCGCCACCGAAGGCUCGACGACGACAAGCCCUGCGUGUGCGCGGUGCUGGGCCUGGCGCCGUGCCUGGACAAGGCCGUCUAUAGCAAGAAGGUGCACACCACAGCGUUCAUGACGACGAGAUGUGCCGUCAGACAUUUGACACUGAUCAUCAAAAAGGGCACUGAAUGCGCACGGGCCUGCCUGGCGGUCCGCAACCAGGAAGCACUCGGCCGUCUGAGGAACGUGGAGCUAGAAGUGUGGCGUUCUCCCGAGGACGUAGCGCCCCUGGACGAUGCCGACGCGCUGUUAAGGACACUAGUGGCGCUUUCUCCUGGCUUGGAAUCGCUUGACCUUCUGAACGGCCUACCUACGCCUUAUGCGAUGCGCCCUGUUCUCCACGGGCCGUGUCGGCCGUCCUUGAGGUACUUCCGAUGCGCGCUCUCGCAAAGAUAUGAGAACUUCGUGAACACCGUGCUGGCCGGACACGCGGCUACACUUCAGGAGGUCCACCUCGGCCACGAUCACUGCGAAGAGAGCACGCUUGAGCUGUUGGUCGGCAUGUCCGAACUAAGGGCGCUAACGUGCAGGUUGUGCCCUGGGAUGCGGGCUCUGGCCUCGUGUGAGAUGCUGAGGGACGUGUCCUUCUCCAUGUUUCGAAAAGACACCCCUGAAACUGUCGUGCAAGUGAAAGGGCUUGCCGAUUUCUUCCGACAAGCCGGCCAGCUGCGCACAGUCUCCAUCGAAUUUAGGUAUGGCGAUUUCGAUUUUGAAAACUUCGACGAUCUUAUGGCAGCCCUUGCCUCGUCCGGAGAGUCCCUCGUGCACCAGUUGUCCGUCGUCAACCUCCCCUACGCCGCGCCGCUGCUGAGCGCGCUGCCCCGGCUGCCCGCCCUCCGGGUGCUGGGCGUGUUGAACUCGCCGCUGAUCGACUUUGAUCUCGACGUCGAUACCGUGGACGAGCUCCUGGUGGGCCUCACGGCGCCCAGCCUGCGCAGGCUCGAGCUGUCGACGCUGGACACCGACGGCUGCCUCCACGAGUGGCUGCACCGGGACGAGGUGGCGCGGGUCCUCACCGCCAACCCCUCGCUGCACGUGCACGUCUGGGGCACCCACGGCUGCCGCAGGUGGGAGCGUUGCGAGGAGUGCGCGCUGGGCUGCCACCGAGAGGUGACCGGGGACUACAGGAAGGGGCGCCGGGUCGGCUUGUUCUCGCACGGCCCCGGGAAAUGCACGCACCCAGAGGACCACAUCACCGGCGACAAGUGGACCUGGAUACACAUUCGCUGCGUUUCUGGCUGACUUCUGUUAAAUACAGCUGAUUAUUUUGCUUGUAUUAUUUUCAUGUUGCUGA